UGAGCCUGGCAUCGCUGUUUGCUCUCUGAACCCGGCAGAGCAGCAGGAAGUGGAGGCAGAGGCAGCCUUGGGGAGCGGAGCUGGGGUGGGGCAUGGUGUUUGCAGGGAGCAGGACUGCGUGGCGGUCAGCCUUCCCACAUACAGAUCCUGGCCCCUUCCCUGCAGGGGCUGUCACAGGGACAUGGUGAUACUCCGAGCAGGCCUCUGCCCCGGCCUCACAGCAGAGAUGAUCCAGUUUCUGAAAGCCAACGGCAUCGUGACAGUGGUGGACCUCGUCUCCUCGGACCUGGAGGAAGUUGCCCGGAAGUGCUCCCUGUCCUACAAGGCCCUGGUCGCCGUGAGACGUGUGUUGCUGGCACAGUUUUCAGCCUUUCCUGUCAAUGGGGCGGAUCUCUACGAGGAACUCAAGAGCUCCACGGCCAUCCUGUCCACAGGGAGCCGGAGCUUGGAUAGGCUGCUGGACUCUGGCCUGUACACUGGGGAAGUGACCGAGCUCACAGGAGCACCUGGCAGUGGCAAGACACAGGUGUGCCUCAGCAUAGCCGUGAGCACGUCCCAUGACCUCAAGCAGAAUGUCCUCUACGUCGACUCCACAGGCGGGUUCACGGCCUCUCGCCUUCUCCAGCUGGCUCAGACCAGGACAGGGGAUGAAGAGGAGCAGGUGGAGGCUCUGCAGAGGAUUCAGGUGGCCCGGGUGUUCGAUGUCUAUAAAAUGCUGGAUGUGUUACAGGAGCUCCGGUGCAGCGUGUCCCAGCAGGUCCUGAGCUCCUUGGGACCGGUGAAGGUGCUGGUGGUUGACUCCGUCUCAGCUGUGAUUUGCCCGCUCCUCGGAGGCAGGCAGGCGGAGGGCUUGGCCCUCAUGAUGCAGCUGGCCAGGGAACUGAAGACACUCGCCAGAGAACUUAGCAUGGCUGUGGUGGUGACUAACCACGUGACCAGAGACGGCAGCAGCGGUCACCUGAAACCAGCCCUAGGUCGCUCCUGGAGUUUUGUGCCCAGCACCCGGGUGCUGUUGGAGAGCAGAGAAGGCACUUGGGGGAAAGCUAGCACCCGCCGCAUUGCUUCCUUAACAAAAUCCUCCCGGCAGCCAACUGGGAUUGAGGUGGAGUUGGACAUUGGAAGCUGUGGGGUACUGGAAGAGAGCCCAGCUGCAUCCGGAGAGGGAUGCUGAUGGAGAGUGAAAAGUGAACAGCAGAUUGCAAGGGCCUUUACUAUGGGCACCUUUGCAUCUUAUAUUACUGAAGACUGCAGAACCAGACCACGUUAACCAAGCCAUCUUGGGGGCCAAGAGAGGUGCUUGGAGUCCCAGAAGAAAGGACUAUAGAAAAAGGGCUGUUUCCUAUUGUCUUCGCCAAUUAAGAAACUCCCUCAUCCUGGACAAAGGAGGUUUGGGGUUCCAAGAAGAUCUCAGAGGAAUGCGUUUGAAUCAGACAAACGCUGUGUGUGGCUGGAGCACUUUUCUGGAGUGCAUUAAAACCACAGGCCCUGUCCUGGGGGUUCUGUGGAUUAUCAGGGGAAUCCUUGUCUCAGGGUGUCAUGGGAUCAGUGGGAAUUUUGCUGAAUUCUUUGAUGGGUAAACACCAGACUGUUGGUAACGUGGCCAACUGCUGCCUGAUCCCAGAACCUCUGGCUCUCUAGUGAGGGUCCCUGGGAGGCCUCAAAGAAUACCAUCAAGACCUUCAGAAGCUGGAAUUCCAUCUACGGUAGCUGCCAUUAGUUUUAGUCCUGUUAUACCUCUAUAGGAUCAUCACUACAGCAGCCUUCAGGCCUGGGUCCCUCUCUGCUUAUUCUGUAGCAGGCUGCUAAAGGGAAACCAAGUGAUAAGUUCCCAGAGCUUUUUAUGGUCACAUCUUUUCUACCCAGAGUAAUCAUGGGUAGUUUGUAGGUGGGGGCGGUUGGAUUUUAGUGUAUAUUGCAUAUAGAGUUGCUGCUACCUCCGGGAAAAAGGUAUGUGUCUUGGGCCAGAGCCUUAGCUGGUGCAAAUUGGGUGUUGCUCCUGAUUGACAGCACUGGAGGAUCUGGUCCUGUGUUUACGCACUUUUUGGCUGAUGUAUUUGAUAUUACUUCCUGUAUUUUUCUUCCUUUGACUUUUUAAAAAAAUAUUAUUAUAAGGACUAUUUUGCUUGGAAAACAGGAACUUUGUUUUAAUGAGGUUAUUCUACACCUGCUGCUGUGCUUGCAAACGUUCCCGAUUUCGAGUGAGGACAGACAGACUCUAAAGCCUUGCCUGAACUCGGGGAAUUGUACAGAAAAACCCCCACCUGAUUUAGCUGAAUCAGUGUUCGCACCAGUGAGAACAUUAGUGUAGACAAGGCUCUCGUCUCCGGAUCUGUUUCUGCCAUCACAUUGAUUAGACUUGCUUUUCACUAAUGCUGCAAUGUAAACAGGUCCAGCUUCGGUCUAUUCCCUGGUUUCCAUUCGGGCUGGCACUGCUGCAGUCAAGCUGGUGUUUGACUCAGUAAGGAGUUUUUGUAAAUUUCCCCAGAGUACACAUGGGCUUAAGGUCUUCUAUUUUUAUCUGUAGGCAAAUGUCCCUGGUAAUGAAAAGGGCAAAGAAACACACAGAAUGGAUCUGAGAGCUCGAUCUAAUCGCCCUAAAUUGCAUGUUUUUCAGAAUUUCCCAGGAGGCAGCAGCAGGUCUGGGUUUUGCUACCAUUCGAUUUUGUUUCACUCACCCGUGUGUUGCUACAGUGCUUGUGAGAAUCCCAGAUCUCUAUUCUCUCAGGGAUAUAAUUUAACAAGAAGGUCUACACCACGUCCCAUUAACUUAGCCAACCAACAAUUUAAUGCAUAUGCAUUGCUGUGUAAGAUAACAAUAAGCACAGUUGCUAAGUCAACCCUGUAGCAAAGAACCAUGUGAUCAGAUAUAAAUAAAAUAGGUUUAGCAUCA